AUUUCUGUGGCAACCACACACCGGAAGUGCGAGGUCACCAUGACAACGUCGAAAGAGAUCCUAGUGGCGCUGCUAAUUUGCUGUCGUUCCUAAAACUUCCUAAAACUUUUCAGUUCAGUCUGUGUUUUUCGUUUUUCAUUUUCUUUCAUUUUAUUCUAAGUGCUUAUGGUUCAGUUGGUUUAUUUUAUGACGUAGUGAAAUGCUUGGUUUGUGCUUUUUUGACGCAACGUCUGGAGACUUCCUAUCGAAAAGUUUAUUAGCAUAAAGCCAAACUUUAGAGCAAACAUUUUAUUAUAAAAAGCUGGGCCACUUUUUCAAUGACUUCUCAACGGGGUCAGGGUGCACGUUCGCCUAGACUGGAGGCCGUGAUUCAGAAAUUGGAAGAGUCUCUGCUUCAUUCUGACGGCAGCUCAGGAGAGAGGAGUCUGACACUUCAAAGUGACGGACAAGAAUCUGGAGCCACACCUAUGCCUGUCUCCACUCGCAUUCGCCAGAUCAUCACCUGCAACCUGGCUGAGCAGCCAGCUGGUGAGAGCUCUGAGGUCAGCGAUCCGGAGGAGAACAGGGGCCCGAGGGAGCAGAUUUCUCCUGGCCAGAUGGACCGUGACCAGCCGCUAGUUAAACAGGCCAGUCUCUCAGACAGGCUCGAUCAGAUCCUAAUGUUGCAGUCAGGAGUGGACUCGGACCAGGACAGUGCAUCAUCAAGAUCCAUACAACUCCAGAACAAGGAGAGGGCGUACAGGCAAAAACUGCAGGUCUACCAGGAUGCCCAGCAGAGACAAGCCCAACUAGUUCAGAAGCUGCAGAGCAAGGUUCUCCAGUACAAGAAGAGGUGCGGGGAGCUGGAAGAGCAGGUGCUGGAGAAGACUUCAGAUUCUGAAAGGAUGAGAUUGUUGCUGCAGACACACCUGGACUCAAGUGAGCGUCACCAGCGGGCAGAGCAGGACCUCAACAUGACCAUCCAGAAUAAGUCUGCUCAGCUGGAGGAGGAGCAGAAAAGGUGUGCCAGCCUCAGCCAAGUGAACUCUAUGCUGCGGGAACAACUGGACCAAGCAGACACUGUCAACAAGGGACUAACAGAGAGCUUAUGGAAGGCCCGCGAAGACGCAGAGUUGUGCGAUACACGUCUGCGCAGAGAGCAAGAGACAUGCGCCUCCCGGUUGAGUCGUGAACAGGCUCGUGUCAGAGCACUGUGGCGCCAGGCUGCCUCCCUGCGGAGCACUUUCACCCAGCUAAGGACUUUCACUGACAGAACUCUGUCUGACAUGCAUGGGGAGUGUGUCAAUGCCAGGCACCAACUACAUCUUGCCUGUAUGAACUUAGAAGCCAGAAAAACACAGGAGAACACCUGCAGUGGCGAGGAGGUGUCAGCACUGGAGAGGCAGCUAAAGGACAAGCUGAAAGAGGCCAUGCAGCUGCAGGCUCGUUGGGAUGCAGAGAAAGUUGAACUUAAUUCCAGAAUCCUGGAAUUGAGCGACACAUUGAAGCACCUCCAGAGCCAGAACAGUGAGAAGGACGCAAGCCUAAAAACCAUGCAGAUCAGUCUGGACAGGAUGGAGACAAGGAGAACAGAGGAUAAAGCAGAGAUGGAAGUACUCCACACAGAGAUCCAAGCCCUCCAAAAUAUUUUACGCCAUAUUCACCAGUUGGUUGGCAAUGAAAGUGAGAGCUGUGGCUCGGAAAAUAUGUCUUCCUCACCUCUCCAUGGCCGGCCUCCUUCAAGAAACACAAGCCUGGUAGCUGUACAGAACGUGCUCACCAAGCACCAGAAACAAACUCAGGACCUCCGUGCACGUUUGGAAGCCGCCCAGGAGCAAGUUGAGACACUGCGUGAUCACCUACAGGAGAAGGAUGCUGAGAGGAGAAAAUUGGAGCAGAAGAUCCAGGAAGUAAGGAGGGAAAGUCAGGAGACUAAAAAUACUCUGGACGACAGCCUCAGAGACAGCAACAGAUAUCGCUGCUCACUGGAGCUCAUUGCCAGUGAGAAAGAGACCUUAGAGAAGCUGAUGUCAGGCCUCCAGCAGGAGGUCGACUCCCAGCGUGCCGAGCUGGAGGUACUGCGGAGCUCGUCACUGGAACUGCAGAGACAGCGGGACCUCCUGAGGCAGCAGAGGGAGGAUCUGGAGAUGCAGCUGGCACGCCAACGCACAGAGGCCCAAAGAGGCGAGAGGAGCCUUCAGGAGCUGGAAGGGAAGCACUCAGACCUUCGCAGGGAAUUUGUGACAGUGAAGGAAUCUCUGAGUCAAAUCACUCUGGAGAAAGAGGUGUUGGAGGAUGACAAGGCCAGCCUUGCACUGGCUCUCACAAAGAUGGAAACUCAGAGUGCUGCACAGGAGUUUGCUCUCCACAAAAUGCAGAAUCAGGAGGCUGCCCUAAAAGAUUCCCUCGCUAAAAUGACUGCCCUUAGUGAAGGCCUAGCCAAAGACAAGGUGGAGCUCAACCGUGUUCUUCUGCAGACUGAAGGGGAGAAGACAGAGCUUGGUGAGCGUAGGCGGGAAGCUGAAGUGGAGCGGGCAGCAGCCAGAGAGGACGUAGCGCGGACUCAAAAGGAGAUGAUGAAUCUGCUCGCUGAGAAACAAGCCCUGGAGAGCUCACACAGCCACUUACAAGAUCUCUGCCAAAAGCUAGAAGCAGAGCUGAGUCUCCUGCAGAAGGAGAAAGCUCAGGUCCUGGAGAAGCACUCCCAGGUCAGGAGGCAAAUGCAGACUGUGACAGAGGAGCUGUGUGCGUGCAGGAAGGAGCUUGAGACACAGACCACAGCCAUAAAGAAGGCUAUCCAUGACAGGGAGGAGCUAGCCAAGGACAAGGCAGCUCUGGACGUCAAGUUAAACUCUGCUGACCGAAAGACCUGUGGUCUCACGCAGGAGCUGGUUGCACUGAGAGCGGUGAAGGAGUCCCUGGAGACCGCUCUGUUUGAGAGCCAGGAGUUUGCCUCGUCUCUGGAGUCCGAGUGCACCAGGUUGGAGGGGGAGAGGCGCAGCUUGCUCCUAGCUAACGAGGCUUUGACGCGUGACGCUGCUCAGAUGCGUGGAGAUGCUGAGCGGCAGUUUGAACAAGCUGCACAAGAGCAGAGUAAGUUGGAGGCGAAGCUUGCUCAGGUGGAGAGGAAUGCCCUUUUAACCCUGAACAACAGAGAGCAAAUUCACAGAGAGCAGCUACAAGCUGAACGCCAUCAAAAGGAACAGCAGUGCGCUGAGCUGACGGUUCAGCGGGAGCAUGCUGAGGAGCAGCUGCGCAGACAGUGUGAGGAGCAGCGUGCGCACAGCCAGAAGGAGUUGCAGCAGGUGCACGAGGAACUGGCCAAGCUGCAGCAGGAUUUCAGCCAAAGCCUCCUGCAGGCUGAGAGUGAAAAGCAGCAGGCUUUGUCUAUGAAGGAGGCAGAGAAGGCUGUCCUCACAGAGAAGCUAGCAUCCUUACGCCAGGACCUGGCCACAGCAGACAUGGAGAUGGAACAAAUACAAAGGGAGGCGCUCAGCAAACAGGAGCAGGAUAAGAAUACGAUGGCUGCCCUUCGGUCUGAGCUUCAGGACUUGCGGAAUCAGUUUGAAGAGUCUUUGAACUCCCAUGAGAGUACCAAAAAGAGUCUAGCUGCACAGGUCAGGGAGUUGGACCAGCAGAGAGAACAUGCACAACAGGAGUUGGAUGACAUUCGCCGACAGCUGCAGGAGGCAGAGGAUGGACUAAUAAAAGGGAAAAGGGAGUCGAUUGAGGCUCAUAGAGAGCUUCAGGACUGUGUACAAGAGCAAGACAACUUACGAAAAGAAGCACUGGACCUGAGAAGGCUUUUGGGUGAUGAGACCAGAGAAAAAGAGGCCUUACAAGUCUCUAACCAGGAGCUAAGAGCUUUCAUCAAGAAAGCAGAAAGUGAAAACAGCAGCUUGAGAAGAGCUGUUGAGGAGAAGGAGCAAAAAAUGACCAUCUUAGAGGAAAGUAAGAGCUCAACGCACCAAGAGGCAACCUCUUUACGGAGCCGCACAAGGGAGCUGGAGAAGUCUCGUCUCCAGGCACGCAGGGAACUACAGGAGCUGCGUAGACAGGUAAAGGUCCUCGAAGGUGAAAACAGCCGGCAGAAACAGGAACUGCAAGAGCUUCAGGCGCGGAUAUGUCAGGAGGAGCAGAAGGAGGAGGAGGCACGUCGCGAGGCUUUCUCUCUCAAACAGAGAGUGCUGGAGUGUGAGGCUGGCAGGGAAGCAGCGCUUAAUGAGGUUGCAGGUCUACAGAGUCGUUUGAUGGAACUGGAGUCGGCGGAGCAGCAGAACAAAGAGUUGCUGCAGGAAAGAGAAGCUUUUCAACUUCAGAGUGACAGGAAACACAGAGAAACCACUGCCCAGCUGGAGGCAGCGCUGGAGGACACCAGGACACAGGUGAAGGAACUGUCCGAGCAGGUUGAUCAUGCAGAAAACAAAGCACUGGGCCUGGAAAAGGAGCUGGGCCUGAGUGGUGCCUCAUGCAGGGACCUGGAGCUCAAACUGGCAGGACUGUAUUCAGCCCUGAGACGCACUAUUGGCAUCAACCACACAAAGCUUUCAGACAAAGUUGUGUCACGGAGAGGGUCUUCCUCUCCCUGGAGGGGCCGCUCGCGCAUGAAAGGAGGAGAGGAUGCGACCGACGGAUCUGCAUUGUCCAUGUCUUCUGGUGAAGGAAAAGAGCCUAAUGUGGAGUCAGUGCACGCAGCCUUACGGGAAUUUCAGCAGGAACUCAGGGAUGCACAAAGAGAAAAGGAUGAAGCCAAGUCUCAGUUAGUCAGUCUGAAUCAAUAUGUCACAGAACUCAAAGGCAGCCAGGAUAAAUCAGCCACCCAAUUGCUACAGCUACAAAGGUCCUUGAAGCAAUCAGAGGAGGGAAAACGGGAGAUGGCAGAACGAUUGCAUAAGGCGCAUACUUCCCUUUCCCUGCAGGAAGAAGUUACAAAUUGCACCGAGAGAGAGAAGAGAGGCCUUGAGGAGGAAAUAGCUCAACUCAGAACUAGUUUGCAAGCUGCUCAAACUGAGUCCAGAGAACUGCAGGACAAGUUGGAGAUCUCGCACGGGUUAGAAUCUGGUGCUCUCGCAGAACACCGAAAACUGAAAGAAUCCCUAGAGGCGGCUGAAAGCAGGGUGAGCCGCUUGGAGCUUUCGCAACGCACACUCGAGGGUGAGCUUCAGAGAGCACAGCUGAGGGCGGCAGAGUUGGAUGCAGAAGUGGGGGCGCUGCAGGAGAGACUGACGGACCUGAGGCGGAGGCUGGUUGAGAGCGAAGACCGGUGUGCCGUGCUGAGGGUCAGCGAAGAGAAGCUGGCCACGUCUCUGGCUCGUGCCGAACAGCGUGAGAGCCAGCUGAGAGAGCAGAUUCACAAACUGUCAAACACCCUCAGUGACAACAGGACCAACACUGGAGCCCUGCAGGAGCAAAUAACACAGCUGCAGAGGGCUCUGACUGUUAGUGAGCAGGACCGAAGGCUGCUGCAGGAACGUCUCGAUAAAACACGAGAUGCUCUGUCAGAGACUAAGAGGCAAAACCACACACUCACAGAGCAGACUCAGAACCUUCAAAGAGACCAAGAGGACUCAGAACUUAAAAGCUCCGAGCUGGAGAAACACAUCCGGACACUGAAGGAGAGCCUGAAGCAACAGCGGGAGGCUGAGCUGCAAACCUCCCAGCAGCUGCAGAGAGAGAAGGAGGAACUCCAAGAAAAGGUCAUCAGUCUUCAGAGCUCUGUGCUAAAGCUACAGGCUGAGAGAGCAGAGAUGGAGAGAGUGCUGACACGCCUCAGUAAAGACAAGUCUGCACUAAGAAAGGCGCUGGAGAAGGUGGAGAUGGAGAGGUUGAGGAAGGAGGAGGAGGCGGCGUCCAUAGCCAGAGUGAGAGAGCGUUUGGAGCAGGCAGUCGGCAGCAUGGAGCAGGAGCUGGCUGAGAAGCAGGACCUUUUGGAGACUCUGCAGGCUCAACUCUCCCAACUGGAGCACACUCACGCACAGCGCCUCCUGGAGGUGACGGCCCGCCAUCACCAGGAGCUGGACUCGGAGACGGAUCGUCUGAGAGACAGUCAGCUCCAAGCAGAGCUGGCGCUGGAAACCAGGGAGAAGGCUCAUCGUCAGAGGGUCAAAUGUCUAGAGGAACAGGUGGUAGCUCUCAAGGAGCAGCUUGAUCAGGAGACAAGAAGACGGCAGGCUUAUUUCAAUCAGAUGCUCCAGCCUGGCGUGUAGGCAGAGACCCCGCAGUGAAGUAUGUAGCACCUCUGCCUCCUUCAUUCACUGCUCCUCUGGCAGCUUCCCAACAACAUUAUGCUUCCAGCUACAUCCACAUGUGGAAUCACACGCACAGAAAAAACACACUCCCAAGGCGUUCGCUCCCACCCCGCACAUGUUUCACUCAGGAUUACAUUAAUCUGCAAGAAAACUCCACAACAACAAACAAUGAGUGUUUUGUUUAGAAGUGAACUGGAUGUGCCAAAUUGUUUUAAGGAUUUCCUCUGGCUCACUACAGUUGGCGUAUCUAAGUCUGCUGUGUCAUUUUUUAGGAAACAAUGUGAUGAAAGGUUUCCUUGGUUGGUGCUUACUUGUACUCUUAUAAUUGUUUGUGUACUCAUUCAUCAUAUUGAUCAUGUACCAAUUUUAUAUGUCAUAAUCAUUAUUUCUGUACGCUAAUGAGAUUAUAAGUAUAGAUCAAAAUAUUUUGAAUAAUCGUUUGCAGAUUUCAAAUGAUUUUCCUGGUGCUGGUGUGUAUUAUUGUUUUAGGCUGUGAUAAAGACUCUGUAGUGGA